AUGCUCGAAAUAGCCUCGCACCUCCCCACGGAGUCCGCCAUGUGUCUGGCCCUUACCUGCAAAUCUCUUUACGGUCUCCUGUCCCAGACGACCCUUCCAAAACUAAGGACAAGCGACAAAAGACUCAACAACUUCCUCUUCCUCAUUCUCAAGGACAUUAGCAAUCAAGGGCUGUACCUCUGUCAUCACUGCACGCAACUUCGGCAUUGGAUCUGUCCCACGGGGACGGGUUGCUCAAAUUGCCCCUCCAUCGGCAAAGGGCAAUUACUUUGGAACACGUCGCAUGGGAGAUUAAACGAAAAGAUUCAUUCGUGUAUCGGCGCAUCAGCAUAUUUCACAUACACCGUCAACGGUUCAGAAGACAGGAACGACAACUCGAGAGUGGUCAUGCACCGGGAUCGAGGAGGAUGGCGAUUAUGCUGUAGCAAGAAAUUAGAUGAUGUUUUUACGAUUGACUGA